AUGACAGUGUCAGUCCCAGACUUCCACGUUAUCAUCAUMGGAGCCGGUGCGUCACCUCAUGUAAUACUCAUACCGAUACUAAACGCACCACCAGGUGCAACCGGCCUCCUCCUCGCCCAGGGUCUAAAAGAGGCCGGCAUCCCAUAUACCAUCUACGAACAGCAGGAUGAGGAGACGUACGCUCGCCGGGCCGGACAAUGGACCAUGGCCGUCCACUCUGCCCUGCCGUACCUUGAGUCGAUCCUCCCUCCUGUCCUCCGAGCAAAACUGAACUCCGCAACGACGAAUCCCUGGUCCGAGCCAGAUCCUGCCAUUGCGGCUGCUAUCCCGUUUGUGAAUGGUGCCACUGGCGAGCUGAUGGCUAAGAUUCCGAUGCCGAGUCCGAAGCGCCUUAUCCGGGGGAAGCUGCGUGAUCUCUUAAGGACAGGUGUGGAUGUUAGAUUCGGGAUGAGGUUGACCGACAUCCGGGUUGAGGAUGAUGGGGUAGUUGCUAUCUUCAACGGGGAGGAGGUUAAGGGGAGUGUGCUUGUUGGAGCGGACGGACGUAGGUUUUCUUCCUUUCUGUCGGUUGAUGCUGACGGUGGACGGUGUCAAGCGCGGAGUGUUGUGCGAGGGCAACUCGUCGAUGCCCAGGCUGCGGCAUUGCAAAAGCCCAACAUCAUGGUUUUGAUUGCCUUCCCGACGUUCCCUAGAGAGCAAGCCCUCUUUAUUCGUGCGAAAUCCCACCCGAUCGUGCAGCUUGCUCCCCAUCCGCACCAGAAGACUAGUAUCUUCUCGAACGUGGCCAACGUGGUCGACCCUGAUCGGCCGGAAACAUGGGUGUUUCACUAUUGCCUCUCGAUCUGGACGGCCGAGGACCACCCAGAAAAUAACGAGGCGCGCCAAGCACUGUUCAAAUACUACAUGAGCCAGUACUGCGAGCCGUACAAGUCGGCGGGUGAAUGGUUGAGUCAGGAUACACCAAUACUAGCCGAAAAGUUCCUCUAUUGGAAAAAUAUAACGCGGUGGAAUAAUUUCGGCGGAAAAGUUACAUUGGCCGGCGAUGCAGCCCAUCCGAUGGUCCCUUUCACCGCGCAAGGGUUGAACACCGCGCUCGAAGACGUGAAGCGCUUCCUUGAUGCCAUUGUCAAGGUUGUAUACCACGGCGCAGAUCUCCAGACGGAGAUAGAUGCCUACGAUGAGUCAGCGUAUACGCGUGGCAAGCGGGAUAUAGACUUGUCGGCGGAGCAGAUGUACGCAUAUCAUCACUGGGAGGAGAUAAUGACUAGUCCGUUGAUGAAGGGUGGAUACGGUGCCCCAAGCAAUAGUUCCGCCAUCAAUUAA